CGACGACUUUACAGCGUUUUGACAAUCAGUAGCGGUUCAGAGAUCUCAAAUUAAACGGAGACAACGACGCGACCACGAGACCGAACAGCUGACACAGUUUGACUAAAGCCUCAACAUGCCUGUGGCGUCAACUGGCACAGAGCCUGCGGUACCCCCCCAGGUCCUGGAUACCCUGAGUGACAGCAACAGCUCCACCACUGCCAAUGACCUGGACCUCAUCUUCCUCAAGGGCAUCAUAGACAGCCCCGUGGAGCCAGAGAGUCUGGAGGAGACCAGGUUGGAGGCGGUGAGGGACAACAACGUAGAGUUGGUCGAGGAGAUCCUCCGAGAGCUGAGUCCCUUCACACACCAAAGCAACACCGCAGCCGAGCUCACACGCAUCCUCAACGAACCCCACUUUCAGUCUCUGCUGGAGACCCAUGACUCGGUGGCGUCCCAGGUGUGUGACACCCCUCCCCCCAGCCCCUGUGCCUACAUGGAGCUCCCCGUCAGCAACCAGCCCGUGCCCCCAGAUGCCGUCCGGAUGGUUGGCAUCCGCAAAGUUGCUGGGGAACACCUUGGCGUGACUUUCCGUGUGGAGGCGGGGGAGCUGGUGAUCGCCAGGAUCCUCCAUGGCGGGAUGAUCGACCAGCAGGGUCUCCUCCACGCGGGUGACAUCAUCAAGGAGGUGAACGGGAAGGAGGUGGGCGAGGACCCGAGGGUGCUACAGGAGAUGCUGCAGGAUGCCAGCGGCAGCGUGGUGCUCAAGAUCCUCCCCAGCUAUCAGGAGGGCCACGCGCCAGGACAGGUGUUUGUGAAGUGUCACUAUGAUUAUGACCCAGCCAAUGACAACCUGAUCCCUUGUAAAGAGGCGGGGCUUAAGUUCUACACCGGUGACAUCCUGCAGAUCGUUAAUCAGGAUGACCUCAACUGGUGGCAGGCUCGUCGUUGUGUGGAGGGAGGCAGUGCUGGGCUGAUCCCCAGUCAGCUGCUGGGGGAGAAAAGAAAAGCCUUUGUCAAGAGAGACGUGGAGCUGGCCCCCACAGGAAAUCUUUGUACUGGAGUGGCGGGAAAGAACAAGAAGAAAAAGAUGAUGUAUCUAACCACAAAGAACGCAGAGUUUGACAGGCAUGAGUUGCUGAUCUAUGAGGAGGUUGCCAAGGUGCCUCCGUUCCGCAGGAAGACGUUGGUUCUGAUUGGUGCACUGGGAGUGGGCCGACGCAGCCUGAAGAACAAACUGCUGCUGUCUGACCCACAGCACUACGGCACCACCAUCCCCCACACCUCCAGAAAGCCAAAGUCAGGGGAGCGGGAGGGCCAGAUGUAUGCCUUCACCUCGCGGAGCAAGAUGGAGGCAGACAUCAAGAACGGCCGCUACCUGGAGCAUGGCGAGUACGACGGCAAUCUCUACGGCACCAAGAUGGACUCCAUCCACGAGGUGGUGGAGGCCGGUCGCAUCUGUGUACUGGACGCCAAUCCUCAGGCCUUGAAGGUACUGCGGACGUCUGAGUUCCUGCCUUACGUGGUGUUCAUCGAGGCCCCUGACUUUGAGGUCCUCAAGGCCAUGAACCAGUCGGCUGUCGAGACUGGAGUCGUCACCAAGCAGCUGACGGACUCAGAGCUGAAGAGAACAGUGGACGAGAGCACCCGCAUCCAGACGGCCUACGGACACUACUUUGACCUCACCAUCGUCAACGACAACCUGGACGAGAGCUACAGGAACCUGAAGGCAGCCCUGGAGAAGGUCUCUGCUACCCAGCAGUGGGUCCCAGUCACCUGGGUCUUCUAGCGGGAGACAGAAGGACAAGAGGGUGGUGUUGAACACUUGUUCUCUCACUCAUCCCCACAAGACAUCCGACGGUACUGUCUGGCUCAUCAUCACAGUGACCUUUGAACCUCUGACCUUUGGACCCCAUAGAUAAGACUGAAUUGACAGCAUUAUUUUUGCUGUGUACUUAUUGCUUUUGGAAAUUUAUCGACAAAAGAUGAAGGAUUUUCUUGUUUGGGCAUUAUGUGAUUCUGGUGUGUGUGCGGUUGCAGAGUGUCUUUACCAUAAUCAUGUUCACUACAUUGACUCUUUAGGUCAGCAAUAGGUAAUCUAUGUUUACAUGAAUCAUUAAAUGGACAUUCAGAAUAUGAAAUAGAUAAUCUUACAUCAAAACAGUAAACAGUGGUAGAUUGUUUUCUACUGUUUAUGUCUUCACUGCAGGUCUGACACACACACACACACACACGCGCGCGCACACACACACACAUGCGCGCACACACACACAGACACACACUCGCUCAAAGAGAGCCAGCUGUCUUAUUCCCCAAAUUCUAUUUUUAAUACCACAUUCAAUUUUUUUGUAUGGGGCGUUCAAGUUGAGACACUUUUUGACACCUACUGUUGGGAUAUUCUUUUCUAUCAUUUCAAAAAGGCAAGCCACUAAGGUGUGAACAUAAAACAUAACAUGUAGAUACAUAGAGAGAUGUGUAUGAUAGAUGUACUCUAAGUACAACCUUUAUAAACGUGACUACACAGAUACCUUUUAUAUACAGUGGGGAGAACAAGUAUUUGAUACACUGCCGAUUUUGCAGGUUUUCCUACUUACAAA